AUGAAUUUCCUUAUGCUUUGGAUAGGCAUCCUCCUCCAUGUCUCCAUGACUAUGGCGGCUACGGUGGAGGGUGUUUUCAACUCCAUUCUGUCAAUUACGGACCCUGGUAAUACUCGGCCAGGAAGCGUCAAUUGGAAAGCUUCGGUGAAUUGGAAAAUCACCAGCGACAUGAAAAUGAAGGGAGGCGACACCUUCACCUUGCAUAUGCCUUACGUUUACAAGUUCACCAGUUCGUCCCACACUUUGCAAGUUCAAGCUGGUGGAUUGGUUUUGGCGGACUGUAACUUGUUUUCCGGAGACAACAUAGUGGGAUACUCCGAGGUCCAAUGUACUGCUACUCCAGACGUUGAAACCGUCGCAACGGCCUCUGGUAUCAUUUCAUUUGCAUUUACAUUCAACUCUGGUUACUCAUCUGACGCAAUUAACCUUGAGGCUGCUUCUGUCUGGAGCACUGGUACCAACACCAUUCAGUGGACCGACGGUUCCAAUAUUUUGACCAAGGAUGUUACAUUUUCAGGAGGUAACCCUUCAGUUAUCCAGGGCUCUGCUGAAAACGGUGUCUAUGGUUUGAGAGCCUUGGUCAACAGCAAUACCAAGCAGCACUACCUCUUGGGACCAAAAUGUGCCGUUGAUAAUAUGUAUGGUACCUUGACCAUCAAGGUGGGCUCGGGAAUGCCUCAUGACUGUAACACUCUUGCAGGUGCCAUUGCCAGCACGGUCAAUUCAUGGUACUUUCCUGAAUCCGCCAACAAGAAUGAUGUUCAGCUUACCAAGUGUUCGGCCACUGAGGCGGUGGUGACCUUCUCAAAUAUCCCAGCAGGCCACAGACCUUACAUGAAUAUCCUUACUAAAGUGAUUCUGGCCACUACAUCCUCGACUGCCAACUACAUCUACAAUAUGGUUUGUAACAGAAGAAGGUUGACUGGAACGCUUAACAUUCGCUGGAGCCACUACGCUACCACCGAUUCCGAGUCUGAAGGUAACAACUUGCCUCUUGUCAUCACCACCAAUACCCAUCCUACGGUCACCAACACGCAAUUGUCAACCAUUACUGGUACCUCAGCUAGGACUGUCAUUGUGAACAUUCCUAUGCCUGUUACUACUGUCAUUGUCACCGGAACCAACACGGAGUCCACCACUCACAGUGCUACUUCCGGGGGUACCAGAAUUGUGUCGAUCGAUGUUCCUACUCCUACCACCACCAUCACCAGGACUUGGACGGGCUCCACCACCAGAAGCGAAACUGUCACCCCAACAACUGGUGGUACUGGAUCUGUCUUCAUUGAUGUUCCAACUCCAACGACCGUUGUCACCAGAACAUGGACAGGCACUGAGACUUCCACCGAGACUGUACCAGCCACUGAAGGUGGUACUGAAAGCAUUAUUGUCAAUGUGCCCACUCCAACCACCAUAGUGACCAAUACCUGGACCGGCUCUGAAACCACCACACAGACAAUUCCUGCUCAAGAGGGAGGCACCGAAAGCAUUAUCGUCAAUGUUCCUACUCCCACCACAGUUGUCACCAACACAUGGACUGGUACUGAGACAAGUACAGAGACGAUUCCUGCUGAGGAGGGAGGUACCGAGAGUAUCAUCAUCAACGUCCCCACCCCUGUUGUUACCUUGACUGCCACCUGGACCGGAAGCGAGACAUCUACGCAAACUUUGAAUGCUACCACUGGCGGUACUCAGAGUAUCAUUGUCAAUGUUCCCACUCCAACCACCACCCUCAGUAGAACAUGGACCGGAUCUGAAACAUCCACUGAAACCGUCCCUGCUGGUGAAGGUGAAACCGAGAGCAUCAUCGUCAACAUUCCUGUUCCAACCACUAGUAUUGUUCUGACAUGGACUGGAAACGAGACCACUACCGAGACUGUUCCUGCUACUGAGGGCGAGACUGGAAGUGUUAUCGUGAAGGUGCCAGUUCCUACAACUACUUUGACGAACACUUGGACCGGAUCGGAGGCAACUACUGAAACCAUUCCAGCUACUGAAGGUGAAACGGGAAGUGUCAUUAUCAGAGUUCCAGUUCCAACCACCGUUCUCACCAAGACAUGGACCGGAUCUGAAACAAGCACUGAGACAGUUCCUGCUACCGAAGGUGAAACCGGAAGCAUCAUUGUGAAUGUCCCUGUUCCUACAACUAUCAUCACAAGCACCUGGACUGGAAGCGAGACCACCACUGAAACUGUCCCAGCCACCGAGGGUGAAACCGGCAGUAUCAUUGUCAAGGUUCCCGUUCCAACUACCAUUGUCACAAGUACCUGGAUAGGAUCCGAAACGUCUACCCAGACUGUUCCAGCUACUGAAGGUGAAACAGGCAGUAUCAUCGUGAACGUUCCAGUUCCAACUACCAUUGUGACCAACACCUGGACAGGAAAUGAAACAUCGACUCAAACCAUUCCAGGCACCGAGGGCGAGACCGGUAGCAUCAUCAUCAAUGUUCCAAUUCCAACCACCACUUUGACCAAUACCUGGACUGGAACGGAGCCUGUCACCAGAACUGUGCCUGCCAGUGAAGGUGAAACCGGCAGCGUUAUCAUCGAUGUUCCUAUUCCAACAACCACCUUCACGAGCACCUGGACCGGUUCUGAAACCACCACCGAGUCUGUUCCAGCUACAGAGGGAGAAACCGGAAGUGUGAUUGUCAAAGUGCCCGUUCCUACUACUGUCAUCACCAGAACAUGGACCGGAGUCAACACCACCACCCACACCGUUCCUGCUACUGAGGGAGAAACCGGUAGUAUCAUCAUUGAUGUUCCGGUCCCCACCACCACCUUGUCCAGAACAUGGACCGGAAACGAGACUACUACCGAGACUGUUCCAGCCACUGAAGGCGAGACAGGAAGCGUUAUUGUGAAUGUGCCAAUUCCAGUCACCACCGUGACUAGAACGUGGACUGGUUCCGAGACCUCCAGUGUUACUGGCACUGCUACUCCUGGCGACACCAGAACUAUCUUCAUUGAUGUUCCAACGCCAACCACCACGAUCUUUUCCACCUGGUCUGGAAGCACCAUCACGACCCGUACCAUUCCUGCUGCUUCAGGCGGAACCGACACUGUCGUUGUGGAAGUUCCAACUCCUGUCACUGUCAUUACUUCAACCUGGACCGGUCUGGACACUGAGGUGGUGACCGAGCCAUUUGAAUCUGGAACCCAAACCAUCGUCAUCAACGUCCCUACUCCUACCACCACGGUCACCAGAACAUGGACCGGCACUGAGACUACCACCAACAUCAUCACUGCUCCUAGUGGCGGUACUGGAACGGUGAUAAUCGAUGUGCCUACUCCAUAUACCACCUUGACUAGAACGUGGACCGGAACAGAGACCCAGACUGUCACGGAACCUGCUCCUUCUGGUGGCACGGGAACUGUGAUCAUUGAUGUGCCUACUCCAGUGACGACAUUGACUAACACUUGGACUGGAACUGAAACCUCGACUGAAACCAUCCCAGCUGCAUCCGGCGGAACUGAGACCAUUAUCGUCAAUGUCCCUACCCCAGUUACAACGUUGACCAGAACCUGGACUGGAACUGAGGCAACCACCCAAACCGUUCCUGCUGCUUCGGGUGGUACUGAAACCGUUUUCAUUGAUGUGCCAACGCCUACCACUGUGAUCACCAGAACAUGGACAGGUUCUGAAACCACAACCCAGACCAUUCCUGCUGCUUCUGGCGGAACUGACACCGUUUUCAUUGACGUUCCUACCCCACAGACCUUCAUCACAAGAACGUGGACCGGAUCUGAAACAACGACUCAAACCGUCCCUGCUGCUUCUGGUGGAACUGAGACUUUCUUCAUUAAUGUGCCCACUCCGCUGACCACAUUGACCAGAACAUGGACUGGAUCUGAAACCAUCACUCAGACGGUUCCUGGUGGAUCUGGCGGAACGGACACUAUCUUUAUUGACGUUCCUACUCCAACGACUGUGAUUACCAGAACGUGGACUGGCUCUGAAACCACUACUGAAACCGUUCCAGCAGCUUCUGGCGGUACCGACACGAUCUUCAUUGAUGUGCCUACUCCAUCCACCACUUUGACUAGAACCUGGACAGGCUCCGUCACCGAGACAGAGACCCUUCCUGUGGCUUCUGGAGGAACUCAAACUUUAGUUGUCAAUGUCCCCACUCCAGUCACCACUGUCACCAGAACCUGGACUGGAACUGAAACCUCUACCGAGACUGUUCCUGCUGCAAGCGGUGGAACCGAGACCUUGAUUGUCAAUGUUCCUACACCAGUCACCAUCAUCACCAGAACAUGGACAGGCAGUGAGACAACAACCGAGACGGUUCCUGCUGCUUCUGGAGGUACCGAGUCUGUUUUCAUCGAUGUUCCUACUCCGACCACCACCAUCACCAGAACCUACACCGGCACUACUGCUAUCACCGAGACUAUCCCAGCUCCAUCUGGAGGAACUGUGACUGUGGUGGUGGAUGUGCCUCCUCCAAUGACCACCUUGACAAGCACCUGGACUGGCGAUGUGACUACUACUCAAACUGAGCCCUUUGCAUCUGGUGGUACUCAAACCGUUGUGGUCAACGUGCCUACCCCAGUGACUACUGUGUGGUCGACCUGGACCGGAACUGAAACCAGCACCCGUACUAUUCCAGCCCUGGAGGGCGGUACACACACUGUGGUUGUUGAGGUUCCUACUCCAGUUACUGUUCUUACCUCCACAUGGACUGGUAGCGAGACUUCUGUCGUUACACAGCCAUUUGAAUCUGGAACCCAGACCAUCAUCAUUCAGGUGCCUACUCCAACGACCUCUAUCACCAGAACCUGGACAGGCACUGAAACUACUACUCAAACUAUCCCUGCUGGUUCUGACGGUGUCAUAACUGUGGUUGUCGAUGUUCCUACUCCAUACACCACCUUGACUAGAACGUGGACCGGCUCCGAGACACAAACCACCACUGACCCUGCUCAAUCUGGUGAAACCGGUACUGUUUUCAUUGAGGUUCCUACCCCAACCACCAUUGUGACUAACACUUGGACUGGAACUGAAACUUCGACUGAAACCAUCCCAGCCGCCUCGGGUGGAACUGAGACUGUCAUUGUGAAUGUUCCUACUCCUGUUACGACGUUGACUAACACCUGGACGGGGUCUGAGACUACAACUGAGACUAUACCUGCUGCAUCCGGUGGAACUGAAACCGUCGUUGUGAACGUGCCCACUCCUACUACUACCUUGACCAACACCUGGACUGGUUCUGAAACAUCUACUGAAACAAUUCCAGCUGCUUCUGGAGGCACUGAUACAGUGGUCGUCAACGUCCCAACCCCAGUUACUACCUUAGUUAGCACUUGGACCGGAUCUGAAACUUCCACUCAAAUCAUUCCUGCUGCUUCUGGAGGCACCGAGACUGUCAUUGUCAAUGUUCCAACCCCGGUCACCACUUUGGUGAGUACAUGGACUGGAACCGAGACUUCCACACAAACGAUUCCUGCUGCUUCCGGUGGAACCGAGACUAUUGUGAUCAAUGUUCCAACUCCAGUCACCACACUCACAAAGACGUGGACUGGAUCUGAAACAUCCACUGAAACCGUUCCUGCUGCUGUGGGCGAGACUGAAAGCAUCAUCAUCAACGUUCCAACGCCCGUGACUACAUUGACUAACACUUGGACUGGAAAUGAGACUUCUACCGAGACGAUUCCAGCAGCUUCAGGAGGUACAGAGACAAUUAUCGUCAACGUUCCUACCCCAGUCACCACUUCCACCAACACAUGGACCGGUUCUGAAACCACCACUGUUACCAUUCCAGCGGCUUCGGGCGGUACUGAAACGGUCGUGGUCAAUGUGCCCACCCCCACCACUACCAUCUUUUCAACUUGGUCCGGUAGCACCAUCACCACUCGUACCAUUCCAGCUCAAUCCGGAGGUACCGACACCGUUGUCGUUGAAGUGCCUACUCCAGUUACUGUGAUCACCGCAACCUGGACUGGUUCUGAAACCACCAUUGUCACCGAGCCAUACGAGUCUGGAACCCAAACCAUCGUCGUUCAGGUCCCAACUCCAACUGCUACAAUCACCCUGACAUGGACCGGCAGCAUCACUUCUACUGAAACUAUACCCGCUGCAUCCGGUGGAACCGAGACUCUUGUGGUUAAUGUUCCUACACCAGUUACCACUUUUACCAAUACCUGGACUGGAACUGAGACCUCUACUGAGACUAUCCCUGCUGCUUCUGGAGGUACUGAAACUGUGAUUGUCAACAUUCCUACCCCUGUUACUACCUUGACCAACACUUGGACUGGUACUGAAACUUCAACCCAGACCAUUCCAGCGGCCUCGGGUGGAACUGAAACCAUUAUCGUCAAUGUUCCAACCCCAGUUACUACCUUGAUGAGCACCUGGACCGGUUCCAUCACCACCACUGUCACCGUUCCUGCUGCCUCUGGUGAAACCGAAACCGUGAUCAUCAACGUUCCAACUCCUGUUUCUACCUGGACCAGAACAUGGACCGGUUCUGAAACCUCUACCGAGACUGUGCCUGCUGCUGUGGGAGAGACUGAAAACGUGAUUAUCAACGUUCCAACUCCAGUCUUCACCUCAACAAACACAUGGACUGGAACUACAACCUCCACGGAAACCAUUCCAGCUGCAUCUGGCGGAACCGAGACCAUUGUGAUCAACGUCCCUACUCCAGUGACAACUUUGACCAACACUUGGACGGGUUCUGAAACCACCACGGUCACUAUUCCAGCUCAGUCCGGAGGAACAGAGACCAUCGUCGUGAAUGUGCCUACUCCAACCACCACCAUUUUCUCCACCUGGACUGGCAGUACCAUCACCACCCGUACUAUCCCAGCUGAAUCUGGCGGAACUGAUACCGUUGUUGUCGAGGUGCCUACCCCAGUCACCGUUGUCACAUCUACUUGGACUGGCUCUGAAACUACCAUUGUGACAGAAUCGUUCGAGUCGGGCACUCAGACCAUUGUGGUCCAGGUUCCAACGCCAACUGAGACUCUCACUCAGACCUGGACUGGUACCACCACCUCCACCCAAACCAUCCCAGCUUCUCCUGGUGGCACCGACACCUUGAUUGUCAAUGUUCCCACCCCCACCUCCAUGAUCACCAGAACGUGGACUGGCUCUGAGACCACCACUGUGACGGUUCCAGCCGAAUCUGGCGGAACAGAAAUCAUCAUCGUGGAGGUUCCAACUCCUCUGACUGUCAUCACGAGAACCUGGACUGGAUCUGAAACCACCACCCAAACUGUUCCUGCUGCUUCUGGAGGAACCGACACGAUUUUCAUCGAUGUGCCUACUCCAACAACCGUGGUCACCAGAACCUGGACUGGCACCACCACAAGCACUGAGCAGGUUCCUGCUGCUUCUGGUGAGACUGAAACUUUGAUUGUUCACGUUCCAACCCCAGUCACCUCCAUCACUAGAACAUGGACUGGCACUACCACAAACACGGAGACCAUUCCAGCCAAUUCUGGUGGUACCGAAACGGUCGUUGUCAAUGUGCCCACCCCAACUACCACCAUCUUCUCCACUUGGACUGGAAGCACCAUCACCACUCGUACCGUUCCAGCUCAAUCCGGAGGUACCGACACCGUUGUCGUCGAGGUUCCUACACCCAUCACUGUGGUGACUUCUACCUGGACUGGUACCGAGACUUCUGUGAUCACCGAGUCGGCUGAAUCUGGUACUCAAACCAUCGUUGUUCAGGUUCCAACACCCACCACUACUAUCACCAAGACUGCCACUGGCUCGAUGACUGAAACCCAGACUAUUCCUGCUGGUUCAGAUGGUGUGGUGACUGUGGUUGUUGAGGUUCCUCCUCCAUUUGACACCUUGACUUCCACCUGGACUGGAACCACCACGGAGACUGUCACUGAGCCACCUGCUGGUUCCGAUACUACUGGCACCGUGAUUGUUUUGGUUCCUGAGACUUCCUUGGAGUACUCCACUGUGACCUCAACCUGGACCGGAUCGACCACUAGAACCAUCACCCAGCCACCUUCUGGUUCCGACACCAUCGGAACUGCUGUCGUUGAGGUUCCACCUACCGCCGUGGCAGAAACUGAUUUCCAUGAGGUGCCUGUUUCAGAAUUCGACACUUUGACCUCUACUUGGACCGGAAGCACCACCAGAACAACCACUGUUCCACCUUCGGGCUCCAGCGGCGUGGGAAUCGUGAUUGUUGAAGUCCCAGAAACCUCGCUUGACUACACCACGUUGACUUCUUCUUGGACUGGCACGAACACGAGAACUACUACCAUGUCUCCAUCUGGAAGCGCUACGGUUGGCACUGUCAUCGUGGAAACUCCAGCAUCUGAAACCGACUUCCCUACUGUGACAUCCACAUGGACCGGCUCCACCACGAGAACCACCACAAUGUCUCCAUCUGGAACUGACCCUGUUGGCACUGUCAUUGUCGAGGUUCCAGCUGCAUCCACGGACUACUCAACCUUGACUUCUACUUGGACUGGAUCUUCAACGAGAACUACCACCGUUCCAGGCUCUGGCUCCGACAUUGGUACUGUCAUUGUCGAAGUACCACCCACCGAUGACUACACCACCUUGACCUCCAUUUGGACUGGUUCAACCACACGCACUGUCACCAAUGGUCCUGGUGAAUCUGGUUCUGUCGGAACCGUUAUUGUCGAGGUUCCAUCUUCCACUGCUGACUUCUCCACCGUGACUUCCACAUGGACAGGAAGCGUUGUUACCACAGAGACCCAGCCACCUUCGGGCUCUGACACUGUCGGUACUGUUGUGAUCAAGGUUCCAGCCUCCACCCCACUCAACCCCGGUUCUUGGAACUGGAACUCGUCUUACGUUCCAUCGGCGCUGAUUAACUCUGGUUUCACCUCUGUGACCACCAAUGCUUACACCACGGAUGAUUCACACACAACAAAGGAUUCUGAUGUGACCGACUCCUCCAGAAUCACCGUGACGACUAACGAUAUACCCGCUAUUACUACCGGCUCCUUGACCUCUAACAAAAUCCUGGACGCCACCCAUUCCCCAACUACAAUUGCUGGCGAGCCUGUGGAGCUGCCUGUGGGAGAAAACCCAGCCCACUCCAUUCCAUCUAAUCCUGAGCAGCCUUCUACUGAGGAGCCUUCUACCGAGGAGCCCUCCCUUGAGAACAACCCAGGUGCUGGAAACGGACCUAAUGAUGACGAAGGCGCUGUCGAAUCUUCUUCCUCAUCAUCUGCUACUGCCACAACAAUCUGUCAUAAGGGCAAGUGUGCUACCAUUUCUGCCACUGACAGUAACACCGAACCAACCAUAGCAGUGCAGCCAACUUCUGCAUCCUACAAUCCACAGGGAUCUCCUCAAGCCUCCGGCUACCCAGCAAUCUCAACUUACACUGGCUCGGCUUCUAGCCUCCAAGUUUCCGGAUUUUUUGCCAUCUUCUUGACUAAUGGACGACCAAAUGUUGUUGGUUGGAACGCUGUGGUGAAUUACAAAAUUACAAGCGAUAUGAAUAUGAAGAACGGCGACACUUUCACGUUGCACAUGCCGUAUGUGUUUAAAUUCACAUCGUCAUCUUCGACUUUGCAAAUAAAGUCCGGCUCCACAGUGGUAGCCAACUGUAACUUAUUCACUGGAGAUAUUCUCGUGAACUUUUCUGAAGUGCAGUGUACUGCUACUUCGGCAGUUGAAACUUUGGGCGAGGUCUCAGGUAAAAUUACAUUGCCAAUUACCUUCAAUGCUGGUUGGGCUUCUGAUCAGAUCAGUUUGGAGGCUGCCUCCAUGUGGAGCGCUGGAACUAACACUGUGACUUGGUCUGACGGUCUGACAAAAUUGAGUAAGACAACCUCCUUCACAGCAGGUAACCCUUACGUCUUUAACGGAGGCUCUGACAACGGUGUUUAUGGUUUGAGAACUUUGGUUAACGGUGACCUUAAGCAGCACUAUCUCUUGGCUCCAAAGUGUCUGAAGGACGGUAUGUCUGGUACUUUGUCGAUCAAGCUGACGGCCGAUGUGCCUCUUGAUUGUAGCAGUCUUACCGGUGCAUUCACAAGCUCUGUCAACGCGUGGUUACUUCCACAAACCGCUGGAACUUCCGGAGUGUCGAUCUCCUCUUGUUCUGAAACCGAGGCAGUUGUUGCAUUCACAAACAUCCCUGCAAACAACAGACCAUACAUCAAUGUCCUCAAUGGAUACAUCAAGACAAGUACUUCGUCCACUGCAACCUAUUCAUACAAUUUGAUUUGUGACGGCCAGCCUUUAACUGAUUCGUAUGCAACCCGUUGGACUUAUUACACCAACACUGAUCCAAACGCAGAUGGAGGCAAUUUGCCUGUCGUGAUCACCACAGUCACUGACCCUACAAUCAGUCUGACGGGUAUUGCCACUAGAACCGGCACUGCUGCUAAGACCAUCGUGGUGAAUGUUCCAAUGUCUGUGACCACAGUGACCGUUACUGGUACCAACACCGGAUCCACAACCCAAACGCUUACUUCCGGAGGAACUAGAAUUGUGUCUGUGAAUGUGCCCACUCCGACAUCCACGGUCACUAGAACUUGGACAGGAUCUACCGCCAGAACCGAGACAAUCACUGCCCUGACUGGAGGUACUGGCUCCGUUAUUGUCGAUCUUCCAUCCCCAACCACAACUAUCACCAGCACCUGGACUGGCUCAGUCGCAUCGACGCAGACCAUCACUGCUCUGUCUGGAGGAACUCAGUCUUUAAUCGUGAACGUUCCUGUUCCAACCACUACUGUGACCAGCACAGGAACUGGAUCAGUAGCAACCACCUCAACUGUUCCUGCUAGUGCAGGCCAGACCGGCAGUGUAAUUGUCAUUGUGCCUGUUCCAACAUCCACCGUCACAAGCACUUGGACUGGAUCUGUUGCCACCACCCAAACCAUCCCCGCAAGUGCUGGUCAAACUGGCAGUGUUAUCGUCAACGUCCCUGUUCCCACGACCAGCGUCACCAGAACUUGGACCGGCUCUGAAACAUCCACUGAAACAGUGCCAGCAACCGCAGGUGGAACCGGAAGCGUCAUAGUCCACGUUCCGAUCCCAACCACCAGUGUCACGAGAACAUGGACAGGAUCCGAAACCUCUACGGAGACUGUGACCGCUAGUGAAGGCCAGACGGGCAGCAUCAUUGUGCAUGUGCCAAUUCCAACAUCGUCCAUCACGAGAACAUGGACUGGUUCCGAGACUUCCACUGAGACCGUGACUGCAAGUGAGGGCCAAACAGGCAGUGUGAUUGUCCAUGUUCCAGUUCCCACCACGACGGUUACAGGAACCUGGACCGGGUCUGAAGCCACCACUAUCACCGUUUCGGCAAGUGAGGGAGAGACCGGAAGCGUUAUUGUCAACGUUCCAAUUCCCACCACCUCCAUCACCAGAACAUGGACCGGUUCUGAGGCAUCUACUGAAACCGUCACAGCAAGCGAGGGCGAAACAGGCAGCGUUAUCGUUUACGAGCCUGUUCCAACAACCACCUUCACCAGUACACGGACAGGAUCGGAAGCCACUACCCAGACAGUUACUGCCAGCGAAGGCCAGACCGGAAGCGUCAUUGUGAUUGUUCCAAUUCCAACCUCCACCAUCACGAGCACAUACACCGGUUCCGAGACUUCCACCGAGACCAUCACCGCCUCUGAGGGAGAAACCGGAAGCAUCAUAGUGCAUGUCCCUGUUCCAACCACCACCGUGACAAGAACAUGGGGUGGUUCCGAGACUUCCAGUGGAACCAUCACUGCUGGACCUGGUGAGACCGGAACCGUUUUUAUUGAUGUUCCCACCCCAACAACCACCCUCUUUUCGACUUGGACUGGUACUGCCAUCACCACACGGACUAUUCCAGCUGCUUCGGGAGGUACCGACACCGUUGUCAUUGAAGUUCCAACGCCAAUCACCGUGAUCACCUCCACCUGGACCGGCCUGGAGACCGAGAUCGUCACCGAGCUGUUUGUUUCUGGAACUCAGACCAUCAUCAUCAAUGUUCCUACACCAACCACAACCAUCACCAGGACAUGGACAGGAAGCGAAACUUCCACCGAAACCGUGCCUGCUCUGGAGGGAGGUACUGGUGCCGUCAUUGUGAAUGUUCCUACUCCUGUGACCACAGUUACUAGAACAUACACUGGUUCUGAAGCCACCACUGAGACUGUUCCUGCAGCCUCGGGAGGCACCGAGACUGUUUAUGUUGAUGUUCCUACACCUCUGACUAUUAUCACAAGAACAUGGACUGGAUCCGAAACGACCACUCAGACCAUUCCAGCGGCUUCUGGAGGUACAGACACCAUUUACGUUGAUGUUCCUACACCACUGACUGUCAUCACCAGAACCUGGACGGGAUCUGAAACUACUACUCGUACUGUUCCUGCUGCUUCUGGAGGAACUGACACCAUCUAUGUUGAAGUCCCCACUCCACUGACCAUUGUGACUAGUACAUGGACUGGAUCUGAAACAACGACUCAGACUAUCCCAGCGCAAAGCGGCGGAACCGAUACCAUUGUUGUUGUUGUCCCUACUCCUUCUACUACCCUUACCAGCACCUGGACGGGAUCUGAGACCACCACGCAAACAAUUACUGCCGAGUCUGGAGGCACCAACACGAUUGUUGUUAUUGUGCCCACACCAUACAGCUCUGUUGUUCAGACUUGGACUGGAAGCACCACCAGUACAGAGACCCUUCCUGCUGCCUCUGGAGAAACAGGUACAAUUAUUGUCCAUGUUCCAACUCCACAGACUACCGUGACUAGAACGUGGACAGGUACUGAGACCAACACCGUGACGCUUCCUGCCGAAUCUGGUGGCACGGAUACUGUUGUGCUUGAGGUCCCAGCACCACAGACAACCGUCUCGUCUACAUGGACUGGAUCUACUACGAGAACCGUGACUUUGACUGCUUCUCAGUCGGGCGACGAAAACACCGUUGUUGUUGAAGUUCCAGCUACUGAUGCCCCAACUUUGACGUCCACUUGGACAGGAUCGACCACUAGAACUGUCACGUUGACUGCUUCUCAGUCUGGAGAUGAGGAUACUGUCAUCGUUGAAGUUCCUGCUACUGACUCUCCAACUUUGACGUCCACUUGGACAGGUUCGACCACUAGAACUGUUACGUUAACUGCUUCUCAGUCUGGAGAUGAGGAUACUGUGGUUGUCGAGGUUCCUGCUACUGAUGUGCCAACCUUGACGUCUACUUGGACUGGAAGCACUACGAGAACGGUCACUAUUUCCGCUACACAGUCGGGUGACGAGGAUACCGUUGUUGUUGAAGUUCCUGCUACUGGUUCUCCUACUUUGACGUCUACUUGGACUGGAAGCACUACGAGAACGGUCACUAUUUCUGCUACACAGUCGGGUGACGAAGAUACCGUGGUUGUUGAAGUUCCUGCUACUGGUUCUCCUACUUUGACGUCCACUUGGACUGGAAGCACUACCAGAACUGUUACCUUGACUGCCUCUCAAUCAGGUGACGAGGAUACUGUUGUCGUUGAGGUUCCUGCUACCGACUCUCCAACUUUGACUUCUACAUGGACUGGCUCUACCACCAGAACGGUCACCUUGAGUGCCUCUCAAUCAGGCGAUGAGGAUACUAUUGUUGUCGAGGUUCCAGCUACUGAUGUGCCAACCUUGACCUCCACUUGGACCGGCAGCACCACGAGAACGGUCACUAUUUCUGCUACUCAGUCGGGUGACGAAGAUACCGUGGUUGUUGAAGUUCCUGCAACUGAUCUUCCCCAUUUGACUACCACGUGGACUGGCUCUACUACAAGAACCGUCACUAUUUCUGCUACUCAAUCUGGAGAUGAAGAUACCGUGGUUGUUGAAGUUCCUGCUACCGACUCUCCAACCUUGACGUCUACCUGGACUGGCUCUACCACUAGAACCGUCACCUUGAGUGCCUCUCAGUCUGGUGAUCAAGACACUGUCAUCGUUGAAGUUCCUGCAACGGAUUCCCCAACUUUGACCUCCACUUGGACUGGAUCUACCACUAGAACGGUCACUUUGACUGCCUCCCAAUCUGGAGAUGAAGAUACUAUCGUUGUCGAGGUUCCAGCUACUGAUGUGCCAGCCUUGACAUCGACUUGGACAGGAUCUACUACGAGAACGGUCACUAUUCCUGCCACUCAGUCGGGUGAGGAGGACACUGUCGUCGUUGAAGUUCCUGCAACGGAUUCCCCAACUUUGACCUCCACUUGGACUGGAUCUACCACUAGAACGGUCACUUUGACUGCCUCCCAAUCUGGAGAUGAAGAUACUAUCGUUGUCGAGGUUCCAGCUACUGAUGUGCCAGCCUUGACAUCGACUUGGACAGGAUCUACUACGAGAACGGUCACUAUUCCUGCCACUCAGUCGGGUGAGGAGGACACUGUCGUCGUUGAAGUUCCUGCAACAGAUUCCCCAACUUUGACCUCCACUUGGACUGGAUCUACAACAAGAACCGUGACUUUAACCGCUACUCAAUCCGGAGAAAAGGAUACCGUUGUUGUUGAAGUUCCUGCUUCUGUGGCUGGUUCGACUGUGACCUCCACUUGGAGUGGAUCUACGACUAGAACUGUUACAGUAAGCGCUACUCAAUCUGGCGAUGAAGAUACAGUCGUUGUGGAAAUCCCCGCUACUGAUUAUCAGACUUCUACAUGGACCGGUACGACAACGAGAACAGUCACCUUGAGCGCUUCUCAGUCUGGUGACCAAGACACUGUCGUCGUCGAGGUUCCUGCAACUGAUCUCCCCCAUUUGACUACAACCUGGACUGGAAGUACUACUAGAACCGUCACCUUGAGUGCUACUCAGUCGGGUGAUGAGGAUACCGUCAUCGUUGAAGUUCCUGCUACUGGCUCUCCAACUUUGACAUCGACCUGGACAGGAUCUACUACGAGAACGGUCACUAUUCCUGCCACUCAAUCGGGUGAGGAGGACACUGUCGUCGUUGAGGUUCCUGCCACUGUUACUGGCUCGACCGUCACCUCCACUUGGACUGGAUCCACUACCAGAACAGUGACCUUGACCGCUACUCAAUCAGGUGAUGAGGAUACCAUUGUUGUUGAAGUGCCUGCGACUGCUACAGAUGCCUCCACUUUAACUUCAACUUGGACUGGCUUAACCACCAGAACCGUGACUUUGAGUGCCUCUCAAUCUGGUGACCAGGAUACUGUCGUUGUCGAAGUACCAGCUUCUGCAACACCAACUUUGACAUCGGCCUGGACUGGUUCUACCACCAGAACCACUACCUUGACUGCUACUCAACCCGGUGAACAAGACACAGUCGUUGUUGAAGUCCCAUCUACCGAGGGAUCAACCUUGACCGAGACUUGGACAGGAUCUACCACUAGGACUGUGACUUUGAGUGCUUCUCAAUCUGGUGACCAAGACACCGUUGUUGUGGAGGUUCCAGCAACUGCUACCGAUGCUUCUACUUUGACUUCCACGUGGACCGGCUCUACUACCAGAACCGUCACCUUGAGUGCUUCGCAGUCUGGUGACCAAGACACAGUUGUUGUUGAAGUCCCAGCAACUGCUACCGAUGCUUCCACUUUGACUGCCACAUGGACUGGCUCUACCACUAGAACCGUCACCUUGACCCCUACUCAAUCUGGUGAACAAGAGACUGUCGUUGUUGAAGUGCCUUCUGAUGGGGCAUCUACCUUGACAUCCACCUGGACUGGUUCAACUACCAGAACUGUCACCUUGACCCCUACUCAAUCUGGUGACCAAGAGACUGUGAUUGUUGAAGUGCCAGCCACUGCUACCGAUGCGUCGACUUUGACAUCUACCUGGACUGGCUCUACUACCAGAACUGUUACUUUGAGUGCAACCCAGUCUGGUGACCAAGACACUGUCGUUGUGGAGGUUCCAGUGACCGUUGCCGGUGCCUCAACUUUGACUUCUACUUGGACAGGUAGCACCACGAGAACAUCAACCUUAACUGCUACCCAAUCGGGUGACGAAAACACGGUUAUUGUUGAAGUGCCUUCCGAUGGAGCAUCUACGUUGACUUCUACAUGGAGUGGAUCCACCACCAGAACUAUUGUUUUGACACCUACUCAAUCUGGUGACCAGGAAACCGUUGUCGUCGAGGUUCCAUCUACUGAAACUCCAACGUUGACAUCCACCUGGACUGGUUCUACCACCAGAACCAUUGUUUUGACACCUACCCAAUCGGGUGACCAAGAGACUGUCGUUGUUGAAGUGCCUUCCGAAACUGGAACUCCAACCUUGACUUCUGCUUGGACUGGAUCUACUACCAGAACUACCACUUUGCCGCCCGCUGGCACUGACACAAUUGGUACUGUUGUCGUCGAGAUUCCUUCCGAAACUGAAACUGGAACUCCAACCUUGACCUCCGCUUGGACUGGCUCUACUACCAGAACCACCACCUUGCCACCAUCUGGCACUGAUACCGUCGGUACAGUUGUUGUCGAGGUUCCUUCCGGAGCUGAAACUGGAACUCCAACCUUGACUUCUGCUUGGACUGGCUCUACUACCAGAACCACCACCUUGCCACCAGCUGGUACUGACACCGUCGGUACUGUCGUGGUUGAGGUUCCAUCUACCGGAGACUUUACCACCUUGACAUCUACAUGGACAGGUUCUGAGCCUUCUACUGAGACCAAACCACCUUCGGGAACGGACACGGUUGGCACUGUGAUUGUCAACGUUCCAUCUUCUUCUGGACCAUGGAACUUGAACCCUGCUCCAACUAACGGUGGCAACGAACCUGCUCCUACUAACGGUGGUAACGGACCUGCUCCUACUAACGGUGGUAACGGACCUGCUCCUACUAACGGUGGUAACGGACCUGCUCCUACUAACGGUGGUAACGGACCUGCUCCUACUAACGGUGGUAACGGACCUGCUCCAACUAAUGGUGGCAACCAGCCUGCUCCAGGAACAGGUGGUGACAACACCGAAGGUGGUCCAGCACCAUCUGGCACGCCAUCUAACCCCGAGAACCCCGAGAACCCAUCUCCUUCGAACGGCCCCGGUGUGGGCAAUGGACCUGCUGGAGACACCGUUUCUGAGCCCGCACCUGCUACUGACCUGACCAUCUGUAACUACGGCAAGUGUGUCACCAUUUCGGCCACUGAUGGUAACACCGGAGCUACAGGUACUGAUGGUAACACCGGAGCUACAGGUACUGAUGAACCUAACCCAUCGAUCGCUAUUCAACCAAGCGGUUCUCAGAAUGGUAACCCAGUGGCUUCUUCUCCUGCCACUGGAAUCCCAGCCGUUUCCUCAUACGAGGGCUCGGCCUCGAGCCUCAAGGUAUCGGGACUUUUUGCUAUUUUCUUGACGUUGAUUCAGAUAAUUGUUUAA